GUUGCGCUUGUCCUUCAUAUUAUGGAUGGGCGCUAGUCAUUGGGAAACCGCCAUGUUCCACUUUCUCCAACGACUGAAUCUGAUUGCCCGGCAGGCGAUACACUCAAUGCGGCCCAAGCAAUAUGUCUCGCCCGUCUUGGUGCAGCCCGACACAUUGCUGGACCACAGGCCAGGUGCGCGAUUCCACGAUGCGGGGUCGGACGACGUCGAGGAUCUGGAGUACUAUCGACCAGGCGGUUACUGCCCUAUUAUGUUGCACUCAUGGCUUUGCAAUGGCCGGUACGAAGUUCUGCACAAGCUCGGGAGCGGGGGUUCUUCCACGCAGUGGCUUGCGCGCGAUCACGAAGAUGGUAUCCUGGUUGCGAUCAAGGUUCUGGCCGCCGAGCUCCAAGAGAAUGCGAACACCGAGCUGCUGACAGCCCAGCGAUUGCGGUCGAUCGUGGUCGAUUCGUCCUCACUACAGCACAUCCGUGUGCCGCUAUCCAACUUUCUAGAAACGAGCGCGAAUGGGUUGCAUACCUGCCUGGUGCAACCGUUGACAGGUCCCAGCCUCAGACAAAUGCUCUGUCGUCCUGGGUUGAUCCAAGGAACAACCCGUGUGAGGGCGGACCUGGUCCCGAAGCUGGCCAGCGAGGCGGGGAGUGCGAUCCGGCUGCUGCACGAGAAUGGCAUGGCACUGCAUGACAUGACAUCGUCCAACUGGGCUUUCUCUCUGUUAGAGAGCGUGCUUAAAUGGACGGAUGCAGAGUUGUACCAGAUGGUUGGACGGCCGGAAGUAAGACCGGUGAGGACGGUAGACGGAUCGGCCGUGGCCCCGCAUGCCCCCAGCGAGGUGGUGGAGCCUGCGAACAUGUUGGGCCCUGCUAUGGCUCCGUUCCUGCAAGAGUCAAUUAUCUGCAUCGAUAUCGGAGACACAGUUCCGGUUCCGCAAGGCACAAUUCAAAGACAGCCAACCGUCCCGCUACACUAUCAGUCGCCGGAAGCUAUGCUUCAAGAGCAAAUUGGCCUCACUUCGGACAUUUGGUCGUUCGCCUUGUUGAUGUUUGAGAUGCUUUCCGGUUAUCCCCUGAUCGACCCGAUGUGGGCAAGUGACAAUGAGGUUCUGAGGCAGAUAGAGGCGCUGCUGGACAAACCUCCUAACUCACUUCGGUCGCUCUUGGUCAAUGACAGUCCGAUGCCCUGCUCGUUGGAGCAAGGCAGAGAGCCUGCGACCACGACGAAAACAAGGAUAAUCCUCGAGACAAAGCUGCGUUCUAUCGCUAAUAGGGAUAACGAUGGGGUCGUGUUGGAAGAGCCGAUUCUGGCGGCGUUGGGCAGUCAGCUCAGCGAACGAGAGGUGCAGUGCUGGGCAGGGCUCCUGUCACCGAUGCUGAGUUGCUCACCGGCGGAUCGACCUCGCAUUGGUCUUGUAUGUGCAUCGCUAGACAAGGCACUUGGCGCUGGUGAAGGAAGCACGGAAGAAGCGGGACGCGAAUCCGGCUAGGCCGGUGUGCUAGAGGAUGAUUGUCGAUCGAGCUGCAUAGGCUUUCAGGUGCAAUACAGUGAUUAAGAGUCAAGAGUUUGAUAGUCUCAUCUUGCCUACAACUCCGAGUAUGCAGCGUGCACGCCCUUCCGGCAGCAUGCAGUGCACUUUGUUUGGUUGUUUGAGGAUGCUCCGCCCUAUCGUGGUAGGUAAUGGUGGAUUCAAUAAGGGUGACAUGUCU